UAAUGAUGUCCCUGAUACCAGUUGUCAUGACGUUACGGUCCUUAUGGCUGCAUUGAGAUACCACUAAGCUUCUGUCCGCGCUCGGUUUACAGUCGGCAACCUUGUAAUCAACAACCAGCGCCUGGCAUCUUCGCUUCGCCAACUCGACCGGCGGCACACUUGCUCCUGGGCCGGCUGGGCCCUCGCAGACAAUGGAUCCGCCACCGCCGCCUCCGCCUCCGCACGGGGAGAACCCCAGGACGACGGCCGGUGGCUCCGGCCUCCCGCCCGGGAAGUAUGACAUCUUCAUCAUCCCCGAACACUCGGCCGGCUCGGGUUUCCUAUACCUGCCGUCUCUCAAGCCCCAAUGGAACAGCUUCAUCGCCGGGGUCGUCAGUACACUGGCGGUGGUUAUCAUGACAAACCUGGCCACUCCUCUGUUGGUGAGCAUGUUUAGCAGCCCAGACAAAAUGUGGUCAUUCCUGUGGGCAACCCUGGUGGCCUGUGUCGGCGCUGCAGCAUUUCUCCUGGGUCGCCACCAGAGCGAGCCCUCGGCCCAGCAAAGUCACGGAGGCAAUCGCCCCGGGGGCUACGGAAAGCCGGGUGGAGGAUACGGGGGAGCAGGGUCGUCGUGGUAUACCCCGCCCCCUCAAAACGGCCCUCCGCCAAACCAGUCACCACCUCCGCCUCCUCCGCCUCCUCCGCCCCAGCAUGACGCGCCGAGAGGCGGCGGCGGGCCGUACCAAUCCUGGCACGAGCAACCGAGACAGCAACCCCAACCUGAGCCCCAACCUCAACCCCAACCUCAACCCCAACCUCAACCCCAACCUCAACCUCAACCUCAAGCCCAAACCCAGCCUCCGCCCCAACCGAACACUCAGACGCAGCCUGAACCGACACCGGAGGCGAAGCCGCAAGAACCGAAACGGGAGGAGCCCAGCGAAGAGCCCAAGCCGCAACCAAAGCCUCCACCAGAGCCGAAGCAACAGCCUCAACCACCUCCCCCUCAGCCCGCUUCCGCCAAACCUGAGGCCCCAAAAGGCGCUUGGGAAAAAGCGAGGGAGGAGAUGCGUCGAAGAGAGGAGGAGCGAAAAGCGAAGGAGGCAGAGGCUAAGAAGAAGGAGGAAACUGCUCGGCGGUUGCGUGAAUUACGCGAGCGAGAAGCGAGGGAGCGCGAUCUCAAGGAGAAACUCCGGCAGGAGCAGGAGGCUAAAGAAAGGGAACGCUUGGAACGGGAACUACGGGAAAAGGUUGAGAGGGAGCUACGUGAGAAGAUCGAGAGGGAGAACAAGGAGCGUGAGGAGGCCAGACUCAAGGAGGAGCAGCGGAAGCUGGAAGAAGAGCGGGCACGGCAGGAAAAGGAGCGCCAAGCUGCUCGGGAGAGGGAACGAAAGGAGCGCGAAGAGCGCUUGGCCCGGCUUCGCAGGGAGCAGGAGGAGAAGGAGAAGAAGGAGAAGGAACAGAAUGAGCGCAAGAGCACGACCUAUGCGUACUCGUCGGUCGGCGAGAAGACCAGCAUGUGGCCAAACGGCAAACCGCCAAGCGUCGCGCCAUCCCAAGCGGCGUCUACUCCUCCACCAUCGAGACCAUCUCCUGCGCAAGCUCCUCCCCCAUCCCCAACGAAACCGGCCCCUUCGCCAACCCGCUCCGCCCCAUCCCCCACCAAGCCUGCUCCCUCCGCCACUGGGACCGAAGACACCUACUCGUUCCGCCCCUACGACACCCCGAAAAAGCCCACUGCCCGCAAGAAGUCGGUUUCAGACUUAUCCGAAUCUUCCUGGGCCCCCUCGGCCUCCACCGCACGCACCACCCCGCCACCCUCCACCCGCGGACCCUACACGACUAACGACCCCCAAAAGAUCGUCAUCAAGGCCGUUUACGGCUACCUCAACCAGUUCUCCAAGACCCCCGCCUCCCAGCUCGUCUCGGGCGUGGCCCCCGUCACGGAUGGCCUCAUCCUGCGCAUCACCUCGGCGGGUCUCUUCGUCGACGACGACGCGCGCGGCGUCGCCCAGCGCGAGUGGGACAUCAAGGCCUGGACCCUCAAGCUCGUCGAGGUCUGGUGCCCUGUCCACGCCGUCUCCGCCCAGGCCGGAAACACCCCCGGCUCCGUGCCCGUCAACCACCCGUUCUUCAAGACCAUGCCGCAGAGCGCGCGGCGGGCGGCCGAGCGCGGCGCCACCAAGACGAUGCUCGGCGAGGAGGCGGUCCAGUACAUCGAAGAGUUCGGGAGGGUAUGCAACGGGAACUGUCGCCGGGCCGGGGCUGGGUCGGCUGCGGGUGCGGGUGCGGGUGCGGGUGCCGAAAAGGGCAGCGGCCUGCAUCUGCUGCGGGCCACGAUCAGAGAUCAGGAGGGCAAGCGGUUCUUGUUUGUGGUCGGAGAGGAGGAGGCAUGGAAGAUUGCCAACGGCCUGGCCGCGCUCAGGGGAAGCAGCCAGGUCAGGGCGUUGGGCGUCGCCGGGUUCAGUACGAUGGAGUCCAAGACGCUGUUGGAUACCCUCGGAUGGACGGCCUAAGUUUUUGAUGGGCGCCCUUCUCUGGGGAAAAGGGGGGGGGCGCGGGCCGAGCCGCAGUUCGGGGUUGGGCCGAGGUUUUCAAUUGGUCUGGGGGAUGGAUCUCCACCGUAACCUCGGAUUUGGUGGUGGGCAUCGAUGGGGUCGACCCCACCCCUGCCUUGAUUGACAUCGAUCCCGAGGCAGGAGAUCCUGGCUUGUUUGUUGAGAGAAAACAGGGGGGCCACUGGGACGACAUACCACGGAGCCAUCGACAGGUUAGUUAUCUGGCCGGUUUCGCGUUCUUG